AUUAAUUUCAUUUGUGGAUUUUGGAUGCACGAAAACCGAACGAACGAACGGACAUCUCAAAAUGGCAGUCAGAACUUCGUUGUGCAUGUUUCCAAAACUACUUAAAUUGAAUGUGCUACGUCGUGGUCGUACCCACCAUCAUCAGAUUUAUAUGAUUACCUACAUGUUGUGUUUGGUGUCAUUAUUGCAAUGCUUUUGCUUUGCAAGCUCAAGGAGCGUGCCGGGAUACACAGUGAUUGAUGAAGCUAUGCACACUAACAUACGUGUACAUUCUAUCAGAGAGGACCAGUUGGAACCCAAUAUUCUUUCAUCUAGACAAAAACGACAGGGAGUAACAACAACCCCUCAAUCAAUGAUUAUAGAUGAGGAUCAGGGUCAUUUAUACUAUAAUUCAUCGUAUUAUCAAGGGCAAAGCACUCAUUAUAUUGACUUGGAAAGAGAACCUUCUUUUACUGUGAUUCCACACAAAGCAUUAUCCGAAAGUCAUCUCACAGCAGCAGUGGUUAAUCUACCAUUUGUAUUUCCAUUCUAUGGCCACAAUGUUACAAAGGCAUACAUUGCUACUGGAGGUUUCAUAUAUCUUGGUACUUUUUUUCAUGAGUACAUAUCAGCCAACCAGUAUGUUGCUCCUUUGAUGGGAAACUUUGAUCCUAGCAUCAAUGACUCAGCUAUUAUAAGAUAUGCAAAUAAUGGUACUGCAUUUACAGUGGAGUGGAGUGGUGUUCAUGUCCAGCAUAAUAUUGAAGUUGGGAGUUUCACAUUUCAAGCAACCCUCUUGAAUGAUGGACGUAUAGUAUUUGCCUACAAGAGAGUACCUGUAUCACCAUUAGCAAUCCAUGGUGGUAAUGGCCACAAGGUUACAGUUGGUGUGUCUGAUGCUUAUUAUGUUGACAAGUAUUUAGAAGGAUCAUCUGUAAUUCAGCGUUACAUCUAUCGUUACCAUGUUAUAGAGCUUGAUGAACAGCUUGUAGAGGACAACACUGCCUUUGUGUUGACUCCACUCAAAACUUGCAACCAGUUGAGUCAGUCUUGUAAGACCUGCUUAGGAAGUCCUUUGCCAACAUUUCAAUGUGGAUGGUGCAAUACUUUAAGUGUCUGCUCAUCUGGCUUUGACCGUAAUAGACAAGAUUGGACAGACUCUGGAUGUAACAAUGAGAAACAUAGUGAUGUGUCAGAUUGUUCAAGUGGUGUGUCUGCAGGAGGAGUGAUUGGUAUUCUGAUUGGCAUACUGGUACUGAUUGCCAUCAUUGCAUUGGUACUCUGGCUUGGCUACAGCUACACACAUCCAACAUCCAAUUCUGGAUUAUUUCUUAUUGAGUUUCGUCAUUUUUUCAAGAAAGAUUCUCGUCACAACAUGUCGAAUGAAGAUCGUCAUGCAGUGAGCAUCAGUGGUGAUAUCCAUGACAAUGUAGAAGCCAAUGGUAGUGCAGAGAAAUCAGGUGAUGUGUCUCUACAUGUAUGUGACACACCAACAGCCACUCUGUCUGCUACUGCUGCUGCAAACAAUUACCCUGAAGAUCCUGAUGUUAAACCUAUCUCUGCUGAUGCACCUUCUGUUGUGCAGGCAUAGGUUGCUGAUUGUUGGGAUCAUUGUCUUUUACUUGUUCAAGGCAGUCUUUGUUAUGUUGAAAACAAUGGGCUUACAUUUACAACAUAAAAUAUUAUAUUUAAAAGGAUUGUGCUAUAGCUGUGUUAGAGAAUAUUGCCGAAAUGAUAAUGCACAGGCAUACAAUUGCGAUGUUAUUUGAACCCCCAUUCUAGAGUAGAUCGACAAAAGCUUGAAAUCGUUCAUGUGUUUCUCAGUGCACAUAGUGUCAAAACAUACAAUUCACAAACAAGAUGGGCAAUAGACACUUAACUUUUCUUAGAAUGCAAAGACAAGUUCAUUUUAUUCCAAGACUACUGCUAGAGUACAUAGUUUGAAUCACCUUUAUUGUAGUCAGAAUAAGGUAAAUGUAACACCUCAGGGUACACUUAUAUUCAAAGACAAAAUAAAAAUAGUACAAUAUUUAUACAUAUUGUACAUAAAUGUUGAGACAAAGUCAAGGUAGGUUGUUUAGUUUGUUUUCUAGCUCAACUGAUUUGUCUUUUUUCUUGUACACAUCAAUGUGGACUGUCAGAGAUUAAACCCGUAGUGUGUUUAAAGGCACUGGACACUAUUGAUUAAACCCGUAGUGUGUUUAAAGGCACUUGAAACUAUUGAUUA